GACUGCCACCCAGCUAAAACCUCUUUAAAUUGUGAGGCAUCAAAACAUUUCUCAGGACACAGAAAUAUCAAGAGUGUGAGGCUGGAAAGUGGAGAAGAAAAAACUUUCUAGAAACCUAGCAUUCUGGAUAGAGAGAAAGGGGUAGAGCACUAAGCGACGCCGUUUUAGGGGUUGAAAACGAAGUACCUUUGGGACAGUGAGAAAUGGUCACACCAGCGGCUACCCAAAGUUUCAACCGUUUUUCAAAUCUCUGGACCGUUGCUCAGUGGAACUCCAGCAUUACAGAAUCUGUAAACCAAGGCUAUGCCCACAAAGCCCUUCUUCUCUUCCGCCAAAUGAAGCAAAACGGCUUGGAACCAAACAACUUGACCUUUCCAUCCGUGGCAAAAGCAUGUUCAAAGCUCUUAAAUCUCAAAUACUCCCAAAUCGUUCACACCCAUGUCGUGAAAUCUCGGUUUCAAGCCGAUUUGUUUGUACAGACAUCAGUUGUUGAUAUGUAUGUGAAAUGCAGUCAGUUGGGGUUUGCAUAUAACCUGUUUUCAAGAAUGCCUAAGAGAGACGUGGCUUCUUGGAAUUCGAUGAUUCUUGGGUUCGCCCAGUUGGGUUUUGUUGAUAGAGUUGUAAGUCUUUUCUGUGAGAUGGGAAUUGAGGGGAUUCGGGCUGACUCGGUCACGGUUAUCGGAUUGACACAUUCGGCCUUGUCAUUGAAGGAUUUGAAAAUGUUGGAAUCCAUUCAUUCCUUUGGAAUUAAAAUUGGGAUAGACACUGACGUUUCGGUUUCCAACACUUGGAUUGCUGCUUAUGCAAAAUGUGGUGAAUUCGGAUUGGCUGAGACGGUGUUUGAUGGGAUUGACAAGGGUUUGAAGACUGGUGUCUCGUGGAACUCCAUGAUUGCAGGAUAUGCCCACUUUGAACAAUGUUCUAAGGCCGUUGGUUUCUUCAAAAAGAUGCUUUGUGGUGGAUUUAGAGCUGAUUUAAGCACUAUUCUUAGUCUCCUGUCAUCAUGUGUGCAACCUGAGGUGUUGUUUCAUGGUAAGCUGAUCCAUGCUCAUGGAAUCCAAGUGGGGUGUGAUUCAGAUAUUCAAGUUAUCAAUACCCUCAUAUCCAUGUAUUCCAAGUGUGGAGAUAUUGGCUCUGCACGAUAUUUAUUCGAUAACAUGUUGGGCAAAACACGUGUCUCAUGGACUGCCAUGAUUGCUGGGUAUGCUGAGAAGGGGGAUUUGGAUGAGGCAAUGACCUUAUUUUCUGCUAUGGAAGCAGUUGGUGAGAAACCUGAUUUGGUUACCAUCAUUUCUCUGAUGUCAGGUUGUGGCCAGACAGGAGCCCUUGAGCUUGGAAAGUGGAUUGACACUUAUGCCACCGCGAAUGGGUUGAAAGAUAAUUUAAUGGUUUGCAAUGCAUUGAUAGAUGUGUAUGCAAAAUGUGGAAGCAUGGAUAAUGCCCGAGAACUCUUUUACACCAUGCCUGAGAAGAGUCUUGUCUCAUGGACAACUCUGAUUGCAGGGUGUGCUUUGAAUGGAGAGUUCAAAGAAGCAUUGGGCCUUUUCUUUCAGAUGGUAGAGUUGGGAUUGAAACCAAACCACAUAACAUUCCUUGCUGUUCUUCAAGCUUGCAAUCAUGCAGGUUUCUUGGAAAAAGGAUGGGAGUGCUUUAAUCUGAUGACUAAAGUGUAUAAAAUAAAUCCAGGACUGGACCACUACUCCUGCAUGGCCGAUCUUCUUGGACGUAAAGGGCGACUAAAAGAAGCCUUUGAAUUUAUUCAAAAUAUGCCUUUCAAACCUGAUGUUGGCAUAUGGAGUGUAUUGCUUAGUGCUUGCAAGAUUCACCAGAAUGUAGUGAUUGGUGAAUGCGUUGCUUAUCAUCUUUUUGAAUUGGAGCCCCAAACUGCAGUUCCAUAUGUGCAGAUGGCUAACAUAUAUGCAUCAGCAGGGAAGUGGGACAGAGUUGCAGCAAUAAGAACAAUGAUGAAAUGCAACAAGGCUAUGAAAUCUCCGGGGAAAAGCCUUGUUCAAGUAAAUGGGAAGACUCAUGAAUUUACAGUUGAGGACAGGUGCCAUCCUGAAGGCUUAUUAAUAUACGAAACACUGGAGAAUUUAGCUUUACAGAUGAAAGAAUAAAAUUUUCACCACAUCUGGAGUUUUGGAAUAUGGCUUGGAGGAAGUUUCAUGAUCUUCUAACACAUGACAGAAAGUAACAUCAGUAUCCUUUCAAUCAUACACAUCACAUCAUAACACUUUUGUUGCAUAUUCUGGUUAUCUAAUCAUAAAUAGUGAUAAGUGUUUAUGCGAUCUCUACCUCUCCAAUAUUCACUUUUUCCCUGGAAAAUAUAGCAGUAUUUAUACAUACAUACAUAUGUAUAUAUGUCAUAUGUGCAUGUGUGUUUUCUUUGUCUUCGAAAUUAGUUUGUUAGAUGGAAAAUUUUUUUAUUCCCUUUUUGCAGCCAGAAACCCUCAUCAGCUCAAAAUUUUGGCCUUUUAAUGUCUACUUGCUUUACUAAUAAUUCUAAUGUAUUAACAGCCAAUAAUGGAACAAAAGCUCUUAAUUUGUGAAAAUUAUUCUCCUUUUAUCUUCUUAAAUGUAAAAUUUUCACUUCAUUUCUAUCAAAUGAAAAUUAUCCAUGCAUUUGGCUUGCAUUGUGUUUGGCAUCCAUAGCUGACUUCACUUCAUUUUUUGUUUAAACUUAAACAAGGUUUGAAUUUGUUCGAGUUAUUAAACUCCCCCUUUUUAUAUAUCGCUGCAACUUUUGUAUUACAUAGCACCAUAAAUAAAGAAAAUUAAUAAUAUGCCUUUCAUCAGGUGACCACUCCCGCAGAGAAAGCCAAGCUCAUAAUGAAUCCUAAUCAUAUCAGACUAUCAACAAAGCAUGUAGUUUAUCCAGAGAGUUAAAAACCCUCCAUAUUGAAGCUUCAGUAACCAUCAUUCCAUAAAGUUCAUAGGGUGAUUGCUUCCUUUGGUGAAAAUGGUCGGCUUGCUUAUUGUAUAUGCUUUUCUUAGGGCAAAAAUUUGUCCUACCCUGUAACCUUAUGUUCUCCUUUCUUCUGGAUUUGGGUUAAAAUUUUGAUCUUCUGUCACCCUGAAGUAGAAACCACAAUCAGAGAUAUGACCAUCAGGAGAAUUUCCAGUGACAUGGUCCCCGACAAUUGGCAUUGUAUGAUGUAAUGAAUCAAUUCCAAGGGGUCUCAUUCACAUUUAAAACCAUUGCAUCUGGAGAGGAAAGGUAAUGCUGGUUUAAGAUUAAGAGUUUCAGUAUUACUGGGAGCCAUCUGCAUGAAUUUUAGUGACACCAAAAUUCAAAGUCUGAAAGCAUGGAAUGUCAUGGGUCAGUGGGUGAGUUGUGCCUGCCAUUGAAGGAAUGUGCCGCAAGGAGAUGUGAAAGUUUCCAUUGAAGAUUUGGUGUCUUUUCGAAGUAACUUUGAUAGAGAGCAUUUUAGUAUUAUAUCAACAGAGGAUAUGGAGCUACUUCUACAGGCUAAUGUUUGAAGUAGUUUUACCCCAUCAUUGAGUUGAAAAUCAGUUUUCCAUUGCAUAGUUUUCUCCUAAUAGAUUAACUGUUUUAAUAUGCUUUACAUUUUAUCUCAAGCAGCUUUGGAUAUGCAAUAAGCUUCUUUUAAUUU